CUCGAAUAGGGUUUAGGAUCCACAAGUUCACCUAAUCUCAUUUGUAUUCAUCAGUCGACUCGACUCGUGCCCCGUAUCCCAUCCGCGUCCGCCUCCCAUCCCUGCUUCGGUCCUUCUUUGAUCUGUCUGUGUCCUUCUCGAAUCGGAAACCUCUCAGCCUCGUCGUUCGUUCACGACUUCAGCCUCGCAAAUCGGAAACGACUUCAGCCUCGUCACCGUUCACGUCGUUCGUCCCGGCGCAAAUCGGAGUUGAUUCUGGCUGGGUUCACUCAACGAGAGUUUCGUUAAAUUUCACAGAACGAACGUUGAUCGGUGUCCUGAAAUUUAAUUUCAGUCAUGGCUGCUAAGAUUCUUGCAAAUUUGAUUGUAAUGGGCUCUGGAAUCUUGAUUAGGGGAAUGGUUCAAGCAUAUCGUCAGGCUCUCCAAAAUGCCUCAAAGUCAGGGGUUGCUCAAGAAACAUUACAAAAUGCUGUGCGUAGAGGAAGCAAAGCUAUGACUGAACAAGAAGCCAGACAAAUUCUUGGUGUGACCGAGCAGUCAUCCUGGGAGGAGAUUGCACAGAAAUAUGAUAAUCUAUUUGAGAGGAAUGCCAAGAACGGGAGUUUUUAUCUGCAAUCAAAGGUUCACAGGGCCAAGGAAUGCUUGGAGACGGUUUAUCAACCGAAAGAUCAUCCAGGUGAUCCCGUAGUUUGA